UCUAUCACCCAUAGUGCAUUGCGCUCUUUCCUUCCUCCUUUCUUCUUGGUGGCUCGCUGCUCCAAAAUGUCGCUUUUAGAUGGUCCGUUGAAUGUGCUCGGCCAGAGGACAACUGGCGAAUCCGUCCGCACUCAAAAUGUCAUGGCUGCAGCAUCCAUUGCCAACAUUGUCAAAAGUUCCCUUGGACCUGUUGGCCUGGACAAGAUGUUGGUGGACGAUAUUGGGGACGUGACCAUCACCAAUGAUGGAGCAACUAUCCUAAAGUUGCUGGAGGUGGAGCACCCAGCUGCCAAGGUCCUGUGUGAACUGGCUGAACUGCAGGACAAGGAGGUCGGAGAUGGGACCACGUCUGUGGUAAUUCUGGCUGCAGAGUUGCUGAAAAGUGCAGAUGAGUUGGUGAAGCAAAAGAUUCAUCCCACAUCCGUCAUCAGCGGAUAUCGUCUGGCUUGCAAGGAGGCAGUGCGCUACAUAAAUGAGAAUCUCACUAUUGGGACAGAUGACCUGGGCAGAGAGUGCCUAAUCAAUGCAGCCAAGACCUCCAUGUCUUCAAAAAUCAUAGGAGUUGAUGGUGAUUUCUUCUCCUCCAUGGUGGUUGAUGCUGCCAUGGCUGUGAAAUUUGUGGACAGCAAGGGUGUUGCCAAAUACCCCAUCAACUCCGUCAAUGUGUUGAAAGCUCACGGCCGCAGCCAGAAAGAAAGUUUCUUGGUUAACGGUUAUGCACUAAACUGCACAGUUGCCUCACAAGCCAUGGCGAAGCGUGUGGUUAAUGCUAAGAUUGCUUGCCUGGACUUCAGCCUGCAGAAGACAAAGAUGAAGAUGGGAGUCCAAGUCAUUAUCAGUGACCCAGAGAAACUGGACCAGAUCAGACAGCGAGAAUCUGAUAUCACAAAGGAAAGGAUCCAGAAGAUCCUGGCAUCAGGCACCAACGUUAUCCUCACCACUGGUGGCAUUGAUGACAUGUGUCUUAAAUAUUUUGUGGAUGCUGGUGCUGUGGCUGUGAGAAGAGUUCUGAAGAGAGACCUCAAACGAAUCGCCAAGGCAACAGGAGCUACCGUUUGCUCGUCUCUGACCAAUCUGGAGGGAGAAGAGACAUUUGAAGCCACCAUGCUCGGUCAGGCUGAGGAGGUCGUGCAGGAACGCGUCUGUGAUGAUGAACUCAUCAUCAUCAAAAAUACCAAAGCGCGCACAUCAGCCUCAAUCAUUUUGCGUGGAGCCAAUGACUUUAUGUGUGAUGAGAUGGAGCGCUCGCUGCACGAUGCGCUUUGUGUGGUCAAGAGAGUACUGGAGUCCAAAUCUGUAGUGCCAGGAGGAGGCGCUGUUGAGGCAGCACUGUCAAUCUACCUGGAGAACUAUGCUACCAGCAUGGGUUCCCGAGAGCAGUUGGCCAUUGCAGAAUUUGCUCGUUCUCUCCUUGUCAUCCCAAAGACGCUGGCUGUAAAUGCGGCGCAGGACUCCACUGACCUGGUGGCAAAGCUUCGAGCCUUCCACAAUGAGGCUCAGGUUAAUCCUGAACGCAAGAAUCUCAAGUGGAUUGGUCUGGAUCUGGUGAACGGUAAACCCAGAGACAACCGUCAGGCUGGAGUUUACGAACCCACUAUGGUGAAGACAAAGAGCCUCAAGUUUGCCACAGAGGCGGCUAUCACCAUCCUUCGCAUAGAUGACCUCAUCAAACUGUUCCCAGAACAGAAAGAAGGUGGUACAUACAAGGACGCUGUUGAAUCAGGAUCCCUGCAGGGUUAAAAGGCUGAAAUUGGUCAUGGUGUCUUCUAGGUUCAAGGUCUGUAUUUAUACAUCAGGACUUCUUCGUGGCUGUUGCAUUAGUGUAGGCUGUGCACUUAAGUUUUUUCCACUCCUUCUGGGCUGUUGCCACCAGAGGAACUGCAAGCCCCCCCCCCCCCCCCCCCCAAAUUUAAUAAAGUUGUGGCAAAGCACUGAGUCAAGUUAAACUGGGGAGCUGUGGUCAUUGUACACGCUUCUGUCAGUUAGUUCAGCGAAGGACACUUGUUCAUAUUACAGUUCUUUAAUAUGUACAAUAAAUGGAUAUGGGAAACA